CCAGCACACAAACUCUUGGCGUGUUUAGGUUGCCGGUGGUGCCGCCAAUAAUUUAUAUUUUCCGGUUUUAGUUGUAAUAAACUCCGAAUUUCAACAUGAAUUUUAACAUGAGCUAUCGUGAGGUUACCACCAAAAACCUGAAGCCAGCGGACUGGACCGAAGUUAAUAUAAAUACAGAAACAUUAAACACUCUUCAAGACACGAAAACAUUUGAGAUAUCUGGCGGACAUUGCUACAAAAAUACCAAUGUGCAGUACCGAAAUCGCUUUAUAUAUUGGCGGACUAACAAGGAGGUGCUGGAGCUCGCUGAGAUCAGCCUGGAUAUAUCGCUUGUGAGAAACCACUUGCGUAUGCGCUUCACCGACUCGGCUGUGCUCAAUGUCUCGCUUACGGAGCACAGCCAAUCAUUGACGCUGCUGGUCGUCACUGUCAGCAGUGUCCAUCGCUAUGUGUUCCCACUGAAGGUGGUUGGCACAAGCGAAGCCGCUGCCGCCGGCCCAGACGAUCUGCAGUCGCAAUCGAUCUUCUAUGACGUGAACGAAAAGAUCGACGAUCCGAGAGCCUUCUAUGUUACGGAUGGACUGGGCACAAUGCCCACUGUGGCUGCUUCGUUUAUGUCGGAGCAAGCUCAAGUGGCAUACUUUGCCGUGGCCUACCAGAACAAGUUGGUGCUGCACGUCAUGAACUGUGUCACUGGCACCACUGUAACGCACGAGGUCAAGGAACCGCAUCUGAUGCCUCGCUUUCUUUCCAGCAUCGCGGGUGCUCUAACUCGGCGGGCUGAAUCUGUGGAUGCGCCCAAUUCCAUGGCGUUCAGUGAAAUCGAUGGCAAGACGUAUCUACUGGUUGUUUAUAGGAGCAACGAGCUGCGCCUUUGGUCAUUGGACACUAUGCAGACAGUCUCAACCAUUAACUGCUGUGGCGAGCCUCAAAGCUUACCGUCAGCACAAGGACCGCAAACAAAUCAAAUACGAAAAGUAGACGAUGAAAACUUUUGUGUAUUCCUCUCACACGACGAUGGAGCGGAUUUUGUUUGCGUGCAAGUCGGUAGGUUGGCAGAUGAAAAUCCCAAGGGCCUAGAGUUGAUUCUAAAGCAGCAUGUUGUGGCGCCGCAAAUGGAUCUGGCUGAUUUCGAUGUCACCCUCACACACAUUUGGGCGCUGUGGAGCAAUGCCGAAGGGGAUUUCAAUGUCUCGACAAUAUAUUUUGGCUCAAAUCAGGCUAUCGAAUGGGUUUCCUCGGUGCUGGAGCCGCCACCAGAUCGUUAUUGUCUCACCAUGGAGCAGGGCAUUGAUCCGCGCGAAGCCUACUGCUCGUACAUCUUCCAUCCGGGUCGUUUCGAUCGUACCGUGAUUAUCAAGGCCUUAUAUAUGUUCCGACGCGUCAAUUUGCAGUUCGAUGUUAGGCAGAUGUCGAUGACCGUGCUCAAGGAGCAGGUGUGCCAGGCCGUCGAGGAUGAGAUUCAAAACGAAUUCAAAGAGUUUGUGGUCAGUGACGAGGAAUAUUUGGAAAUUGCCAGUCGCCUGUGGGACCAUUUCUAUUCCUGCUGCGAGCAAUACCACAUCAAGUACUCGGAGCCCAUUGGUUUGUCCAUUUUGGGUCCCAUGGAUGCGGCAUGCCUCAUUAGGCGUCAGUCUUUUGCCCUGCUGCGUCCAUGCGAACCGCUUGAGCAUAUUCUGCUCAUUGGAGAGCAAACCAAGAAUGUGGCAACAAUUCUGUCUCCAUUCUUUCGCAACGAUCACACCAUGUCGCAGGCAUUCGCUGAACUAAUAAGGAUUAUCACUCUGGUGGAAAAAUCACUGCCAGAGGAUGUCAAAAUGGAAUUUGAUAAGAAACUCUAUCAGCGCGAGACGCCCAUUAAUGUGGUGGCCAAACUUGUGUCCAGAAGCACCGAAGAUGAUGACAUUUGCGCUACCCUGCCGCAGGACACGGUUGAGGACCUGAAGAUACAGCUGCAGAAUGUUACCAAUCUGCAGGAAGCUGUCGAUAUGCUGCUGAAUAUUCUUUGUGUAAUCGAUCCGGAAACACCGCCGCCACAAGAUUAUGGCAGAUCCACGCGUUUCUUGCUGCCAACUGGCGCAUUGCUUGGCAGCGAGUAUGGAAUAUCCAUUCUAGCCGAGACAUUCAAACAAAUGGCUUUGAUACGAUUUUCCGUCUGUCGCGAUCUGCUGAUUUUGCUGUACAUUAUGACGGAACAGCACAGUAGUUUCUUGGUUACUGUCAAUAACUAUAUGCAAUCGUACUAUACACUCGUUUGGAUGGCCGUAACGCCCAUUUCCUCGAAUACACCAGCUGGAUUUGAGGCUUCCAUACAGCGCUUGAGUCGCGCACAGCUCUUCGAUGGAUAUUCCCGACCGUAUUCCAGCCACGUGCGUGGCUAUGGCAAUGAUCAGACCACGCUGCUCUGUUUGUUCCUGCGUUCCAAGGGUCUGUUCAGUGCUCUGUCCAGGCUGCUGAAGGAGUCGGGCAUGGAACUGGAGACAGAGCCAGCGACAUUGAGACAAACGCUGCUGCAGCUGGUCACCUACACCAAUCAGAUGCUUUGGCCCGAUUCUCCCAGCUAUGUAUUCCCAGAAUGGCUCUUUGGCACAUGCCAUCAGAUAAUUGUGCAGGACUAUGUGCGUCUGCUGGCCGUCUGGUGUAAAAAGAAAGCCGAUUGUCGUACCUUCAUGCUGGCUGUCUCGCUGUUGGAUUGCGGCGAGACACAAAAGGCAUUGCUACUAUUUCAGGAUGUGGCUGAAAAGGUGCUCGAUGAUGCAUUCCUCAUCGAACAUGUGCUGAAGAAUACACCGCUGCACGGCCAGCUGAAAGAGGGACUCGAACUGGGCAAUGAUGAUGGACCAUCGGCGGAGCACAAGAAGCAGGCGUUGGUUCAUUAUUAUCUAAAGGUCAUACAGCUCUUUGAGCAGUAUUCGGCCGUGGACUACAUCAUUCAGCUGGCCCUUAAGGCCAUAAGUAAGCUGGCGGACCAUGAUCCACAGCUGCCCAUGUUCCAGUCGAUCGUUUUCAACAAUCAUAUGCAUUUGGGCCACUACGAGGAGGCGUAUCACGCUCUAAUCUACAAUGCCGACAUAUCAAGGCGCAAGGAUUGCCUGCGCCAAUUGGUGGUAACGCUGUUCCAAUGCAAGAGCCUGGACCUGCUCAUGAAGCUCCCAUACAGUGGCCUACAGAACGAGUUUGAGAACAUUGUGGAGUCGCGUGCCCGCUCGUUGAGCAUCGAUCAGAAUGAGGUCUAUAACUUUUUGUAUGCCUUUCACACGAGCAAGGGAAAUAUGCGCAAGGCCGCCACAGUCAUGUACGAGCAGGCCAUGCGCUUGCAGGUGAGCAGCAAUGCACCCGAGGCACUAGAAAAGCGUUGCUCCUCGCUGCUGGUCUGUGUAAAUUGCCUGAAUUUGGUGGACAGUCGGUACAGAUGGAUAGCCAAGCCAAUCAUUGGCGACGAGCGAGUGCUGGCCAUGGAUGUGGAUAAUGAAGAUGAUUUGCCGCCAAACGAUGAUGAAGUGGUGGUCCUAGAGCUGGCCGACAUACGUCGCGAACUGGUGUACGUUGAGGCAUUGAAGGAGCUCUCCUACUAUCGCAAGGACAUAGCCGCCUAUGAGCUGACAGGUGCCGAAGAGCUAUCCUAUCUUCUAACCAGCUACGGCCUAUACACGGCUGCCCUGAAACUGUCACGCGGACACUCGUUCCCUGUGCAGCCAAUAUUUGAGAGCCUGGCCGCUGCCUGUGUGAGCUCCACCGAAGAGAAAGCCACCGAUUCCUGGGCCUGGCUGCAGAACAACGAUCUAGCAGAUCUGCCACAUCGUAAUAACGCCGCAGAUAUGGCAUGGUCCCUGCUGCAGAAGCUGAUACUCGACAACGAGCGCAAGGACUCAACGCUCAUACGCAAGGGCGUCGUUAACCGAUUGCUCACGAUGAACGCAUUCGUGCCCAAGUGGCUGUACGACUCCUACAAGCUGAGCAAUUCCCGCGAGCUGUUGCAGCUGUAUGUCAAGCACAAUCGUUUGCUGGAGGCCGCCGAUAUGGCCAGCGAGAUGAUCUGUGCCAUGCUUGGCGCCGGCAGCGAAUACUUUGAUUUCCAGCAGUCGAUCAAUGUGACAACGCCGCAGCUAGCAUUCCCCAUCAACACGAUUGAUUUGCUGCUGCACGCCCUCAAGGUGAAUGGCAAGGAGCAAUCAGAAUACGAAGUGGCUUGCGUGCAGCUGGAGGAUGAUGUGGCCAGAUACAUUGAGACAGUCAGCCGCACCACAGCGGAUAAAAUGAAAAUGGCCAUUUUGCGGAAUCGCGAAGAGCGCCAGCAGCAGGCACUACUCCAGUAAUUCAGUUUUAUUCAGUUGGUAGGUUCAUAAAAUGUAUAAGUUUUUCGAAUUAAAUGUGUUAAAAUUCAUCCAUGA